AAAAAACCCGGCGGACAAAUCAUGCAAUGGUAUCUGGCGAAAAAAUCACUGUGCUACUAUGUGUGCUAAACAGAAUCCCUUACAUUCAAGAUGGCGAGGGAAUCGUUCGAGGCCAGAAUGGCCGGUUUGGAAAAAGCCAAAGGACCGCCCGAAAAGAUUUUAGACGAGGCUGCGAGCAUCCUGGAACUCAACCUCGAGACGACUAUUGCACGCUGUGCCACGGACCCGCUAUACAAAACAUCUCCCCACUCGCAUGGGUUCAAAGAGCAAUGGGUCUUGCGUUGGCUCUUAAAGAAGUUGGGUGUCGAGGACAAAUUGAAAGAGGGAGAAAAGAAAGCUGUCGCCUCUCAAAGAAGCUUCGUCAUGUCCUCCAAGUUCUGGUCUCUCCUUCUCAACCUAACUUGUUCAAUACCCGCCGAUGUGUGCUCGGAGAUUCUCCUCGAGCGAGACUUCCAACCCUUGCUGGUUGCCUUUACUCGAGAGCUCCUCCAAGCGGGACUCCUCGGGCUCAGUGCGAUUGCAACGAAGGAUGACGAUACCCAAGACCGCAGCCGUCCGACGAAAAGGAGACGAUUGUCUCCCUUGUUGGCCAGCCAAACUGCAGUACUCUCCCAAGAGGACCUGCUAUGGUUAGCUUUGCAAACAGGAACCCGUUGCGCUAGCUUGUCCACCACGUCGACCUCUUCACGGAGCGCAGGAAGCCAUACUCCUCUAAUAAAGGCCGCCACAUGGAAUGAUCAUGCUGCCAUACUGGGCAGCUUGCUUGAGGUCGUGGCGUUCAUCAUGAACCACAGUACUGUCAUACCAGAUUCGGAUCUCAUGUCCGCGAUACUGGAGACUCUACUGUCCUCUUGGGACGUGAUCACCCCCACGAGCCGGAAAAAGGGCGAUGGACAGGACCCGGCUUUCUCCUCGCACUGCCUGAUCCCCUGUUUGCGUCUGCUCGACAUCCUAGCCAGACCAAAUUUCGGCCGUGAAUCCUUUGUACGAUCAAGAGUUGCUCUCGAGCGCCUGUUAGCGCUGCAUGUUAUCUUCCCCCAACGAAUCAUAUUCAACGAACAAUUCACCAAGAAGUGGAGGGCCACGACAGACGUAUUGCUUUUCGAACAUAUGGAAACCUUGCUGAAGGCGUACAGCAACCUCCUUGUUCCCACUGAGAGCGAACAUUCUCAACAGCCCGAGCCCACUGCGGCGCCGGGUAUUGAGGGACUUUCGUGGAUUGUCCUUGAUGUAGCUGCACGCUCAAUGCCCAUCGCAGACUUCCGCAGACGACAGCUGGAACAACCAUACAUCGACUCCCUAUUCAUUUGGCUUGUUCACAUCAGCUGGCCUGGAAUUCCCCACAUUACGUCGACUGGCGUUUUGCAACCACCGCUUUCCGCCGGCUCAAUGCGCGGGCUUCAAGAUAAGUGGGCACCAUCGUUGGAGCGUCUAAUCGAAGUUGCCCAUACGAGGAAAUUGCAACUCGGCCUGCAAAUCAUCACCUACGUCCUACAGACCGUGUUAGCGAAACACACUGAAUCGGCUCCCUGGAGCCUCUUGGUCAAGAUUAUUCAAUUGGAUGUGAACAUCUUAGUACCACAUUCCGGCUUGUCCACAUCCACAGAGUUCUUGGGGCAAGUCUUGGAUCGAAUCGAGGCAAGCAAUGUCUCUCAGACUGCAUAUGUUCUAGUGCGGGAUCAAAUUGUUCGCCCCUUGCUCCGUAGCUUUGGCCGCUCCAGAGACUUGGACGGUUUUGUCGCUAGCUGGCAGCGAAUGCUCGCGGAGGCAAUCAGGGUCCGUUACACCUCGAGUCAUGAUCAGGAAGACAUCCCCGCCGUGUUGGUUUGGGAAGAUGAAGAUGUCUUUGACGAAUUCAAGCCGCUCAUCACUGUCUAUGCACCGCCAAACAUGGGUCAACGGAUGCUCGAAAGCCUGAUUGAGCCCAUCAUCACAAUCGGCGACAAAGUCGGCUCCACGGCCGAAAUCUUUGCAAGACUAGCCAUCUUCUGCGCAAUUUUGGAGAGCCCGGCCUCUGAGAGUGGAAGCGUGAGGUUCGAUCACCAAAAGCUCGUUGUUCUAUUGCUCGGGGCAAUGAAUGCUUUGUCUCGAAAUUCCGACUAUCAAGGUCAACGAUGGAGGUUGAGGAGGUUGAUUGGGCUCCUCCUCCAGCUAAUAGAUGGCAAGGCUCUACCAGCUGAGUUUGAUUCUUUGCUGAACUCUCCUCAUCACUUUGUUUCCCUCAAAGAUUUUCGGAAGCUUGAUGAGGUUGAUAUUGCCAAGAAAGCUUCUAAGUAUCUUGAAUAUUUCGAAUGCUUUUCUCUCCUUGUCCAACUGGCUGCACAAUCGAGGGAAUAUCAGCCAAGACUGGAAGCAGAGGCGAGUCACUUGGCAGAUCUGCUGCAGAGCCUCAAUCAGAACCAAGUGAUUCUGUGGGAUGGGCGUAGCUCCGAGUGCAACGGCGUGCAUGAACUGGUGGCUGCAUGUGUCGGCAAAUUAUUGCAAAGAUCCCAGAUGUUCUGGGUGUACCCCGAAAGCUUCAAGGUCUUCAUUCAGGCCUGCCUGGAGAUCGUCUUUCAGCCUUUGCCACGGGAUUAUGAAGUCGAUUCUCCACCGGACUUGCAUGAUCUCUUGCUUGCCGUGUUGGAAGUUGAGGACAUUGCUCGGACUUCCGUUCUACGACAGCUGAUUUUCGAACACAUCGAGAAGAAUCUGUGGUCGACUGACAAAAGCAGAAAGAUUUGCAUGAGACUUCUGCAUUGUCUGUCGAUUCAAACCAUGAGCAAGCCAGUAAUAAGACGCUUUGUGGCUUCGACGCUCGCUCGCUUUUUCAAAGAGCGCACGGAUGAAAAAAUUGAAGCUAUUUCAGACGACUUGCAUCUCUUGGCUUGGUUGGAUUCGACAUUUCCCGGGGCAUUCGUUGACUACAGAGACUGGCACAAGUGGGUUGACUUCGCUGCAGCUGUCCUCCAGUGGAACUAUGGAGAAGCAUCGCAAGCGAACACUACUAACAACCAGACAUACGUGUCCUCCUAUCUGAUGGCUUUACGUAUUUUGGACCGGGUCUUCCUGUCCCUCUGCGCACGAACUCUAACCGUUUCAAAGGCCAUAACGACGGAGAUUCUGGCCUACAUGGUAGCAACAGUCCAGAAGCUGGAGGCACGCGGUCAGGAGUUUACCCCAGUAUCCUGCUUGCGAAUCUUUCUUGAUUUCGCCUACAGAUUGGGCAGCGGUUUAGACAACGACGACCACCUCAAGAAUGUUGAGUUCAUGCAAACGAUUCUUAUCCGGCGUGUGAAAGAAGAAUCUAAAGCUCUUCCUGAUGCCUCACAUCCUGCGAAUCUUCUCAGGCUGCAGUUACUCCUUGACACGCUCCACUGCCUUGAUAAUGGCGGCCUAACGGACAAGUUGCGGCAUAUUGCGCUGGCUAUUCAGGAAAAACUCGCGCAUGCAGAAGCAUCCUCUACAGGGGGAUGCGUUGUGACGCAAAACCGGCGAAUGGAGCUCUCCCUUCGACGACAGUGCAGCAAAUCUACAUUCACGCCAGAGAAACAACCUGUCCAAGAGCUGGCCUUGUUAACAACGUCACUGGACACCUACACCAACGAGAGCGCCGCUGUUCUUGCUGCUGAGGCAGAGACAUUCGUUUCCCAACUCGAACCGGCCAGCUGGCCUGCAACGCUAGAGUCUCUUCGCAAGAAGAGCGAUCAAGUGGAAUAUCAGCCAGCAUGUGCCGUUUUCGUGGCUUGCAUCUUAGGACGUAUCAAGAUGGAACACAUGUUGCGAUAUCCGGCCUUGGUCCAAGCCCUAGCGGAGGUUGUGUGUAUGGCCACAACACCAGCGCGGCUGAGCACUAGCGGGCUAUGUCUUGCUUUGGAAAACUCCAAAGCCGUGCUCGAGGCUCAUCCACUAGUGGUAAAUCAAUCCGUCCUGGAUCGGUUGCUUUCAUCAUUAUACGUCGUCGCCUCUAGAUCCGACGGUACACGGUCACUGCAGACCAGAGAUUUACAGACUGAAUCCCGACCAGCCGAUGUCUAUCAACGGAUAUGUGGAGUCAUCGGAGCUAUACUCGGAAGACACCGGAAACGCCUCACUGAUCGGUAUCAUUUACUGCUUCCGAUUUUGCAAAGUCUAUUGCGAUGUCUGUUUUGGCCCGGUCACAAAGCGAUGGAAAGCCAACGCGGUACCACUGCGAAUGCAAUCAAGUCUUUCGGCAAGUCGCUGCCCACGUGGCUGCAUGAAUCUCCAGGACCCCUGUCGUUGUCCUCGGCAGAACAAUUGGCUCGUCUACUAUCGUCCAUCUCUAAUCCUACGGUGUCAGCUGCACGAUCGUCAAAUAAGGGUAGCCGCAACGAGCUGAACGACGCAGUAAAUCGAGCUCGGAAACUGGCAGGCCAGCACAUGCAGUAUCUUGUUAUGGAGUAUUGUCGAUGUGUUCUUGAUGGGCAAAUUACGCCAUCGAUGAAGGAUCACUUGAUGCACGGUAUGUACAGUGUCAUGGACGCCCUCGACAGAGACGUCAUGAGAGCAAUGAAUGCAGGUAUGGAUCCGAGCAGCAGGACUAUAUUUAGAGGGCUUUAUGAAAGCUGGGUACGAUUUGGCAAGUGGGACAAGAGUUAGAAUGGUGCGCUGUUCACGAUGAGCUCUCCGCAGAACACGCUUGAUGAAUAAAGCCACGUCAGAAGCACCAAUUCGACCACGCGAGCUGAAAACGCAUCCUCUCAAUGGGCACCCCUUCCCGCGCUGAUGCCGGACGAUGCGCGAUAGAAAAAUGCCAUUCGAUCCCGUGUUAGGUGUGGUUUGAUCUUGUCCUCUCACAUAGGUGUCGAUUCGAUGGGUCUGGCCGAACUAGACAGAUCUCUAUUUAUUUAUGUGGCGAGUGUACAUCAGACCUCUUCUUUCUUUCCACACGGAAGAGAUUACGUUGCGAUUCCUUGCACGUUCCCAACCCCCAGCCCGAUCGCUUGCCCACACACCUCUACCUAGUCAUUGAUGUUGGACAAACCGACGAUGCAACACCGGGCGCAAAAUGUGGGAUGAGGCUGUGUAAUUGGUUACACAGCGCGGGUUCUUCCCGCAUGACCAGUUACAGAAGCAGAUGAAGGUGGCCUCUCACUCGC